CGCGAAGUUACAAACAAGUGUCUCGCCGUUCGAACUUAGAAUCUUGGAGGCAAUCAGCUGGGACUGGAGUUCUCUGCCCGCUUUCUCCAUGGGCUUCCCUGGAACACUAGAGCAUGACACAGAGCAUCGAAGGAUGUGCAAUGGCUCCCAGACUUGUAAGGAGGAACAGCUAUCUACACCCCUUAACAGCAAUGGACCUCUACAAGGAAGGGAGCCAGGUCAUAAAUUCAAUAAGACACGAACCGUUAAAAUCCUCGCCGCAGCAAUCCCGUUCACACUCCUCUUCUCGGCUUUGAUCGCCACGGCAGCGGUCCUAGCAGCCAGAACAGCGGGGCCGUGUUUGGACUACGCAGACAUCCCCUCGUGCCCGGACGGCUGGGUCGGCUACCAGGGGCAAUGUUACUUCUUCUCCGAGGAAGAAAGGAAUUGGACGGCCAGCCAGAGUUACUGCAGUUCCCAUGGCGCCUCCCUGGCUGGGAUUGACGGCACUCAGGAGAUG